AUGCCAGUGACUACUAUGAAGGCAUUGAACUACGUCGGGCCUUACGACGUCCAAGUCCAAGAUGUUGAAAAGCCAAGACUGGAACAUCCAGAUGACAUCAUUGUCAAAAUUACGUCUGCGGCAAUUUGCGGCUCAGAUCUGCAUAUGUAUGAGGGCAGAACUGCUGCCAAACCAGGAAUCACAUUCGGCCACGAGAACAUGGGAAUCGUGCAGGAGUUGGGCUCAGGAGUAACGCUUCUGAAGAAAGGGGAUCGUGUCGUCAUGCCUUUCAACGUUGCCGAUGGACGGUGUCGCAAUUGCGAGGAAGGAAAAACAGCCUUUUGUACUGGAGUCAAUCCCGGGUUCGCCGGGGGCGCAUACGGAUACGUUGCAAUGGGCCCUUAUCGUGGAGGUCAAGCGCAGUAUCUUCGUGUCCCUUUCGCGGACUUCAAUGCCCUUCUGUUACCCCCGGGUAAAGAACACGAAGCAGAUUUCAUACUACUUGCAGAUAUCUUCCCUACCGGCUGGCACGGAGUCGAAAUUUCUGGAUUUGUACCAGGCGAAAGCAUUGUUAUUUUCGGUGCAGGGCCCGUUGGGUUGAUGGCCGCUUAUUCGGCAGUCUUGCGAGGGGCGUCUCAAGUCUAUGUUGUAGAUCGCGUGGAAGAGCGUCUUCAGGUCGCCCAAAGUAUAGGCUGUAUCCCUAUCGAUUUUACCAAGGGAGAUGCAGUUGAUCAGAUUACCAGUCAUAAUAAUGGUAUGGUCGACCGGUCAGUCGAUGCAGUUGGGUACCAGGCUGUCGACUCCAAUGGAUCCUCCGAAAAAGCAAAUAUUGUCCUCGAGAACAUGAUACGUGUCACACGAGCCUGUGGAGGAAUGGGUGUUCCUGGGCUCUAUGUCCCAAGCGAUCCAGGAUCAUCUGACGCCAAUUCCACAAAUGGUAUAAUCAGCCUUAGUUUUGGCAAGCUAUUUGAAAAGGGUUUGUCUCUCAGAACAGGCCAGUGUAACGUCAAGGCCUAUAAUCGGUAUUUGCGAGACAUCAUAAUUACCGGCAAGGCCAAGCCCAGCUUCGUCAUCUCGCAUGAAAUCGAUUUCGCUGAUGCGGCGAUGGCUUAUGAAAAAUUCGACAAGAAGGAAAGCGGAUACACUAAAGUCCUCAUUCACCCUAAUGGGGGUUUUGAUGAUCACCGGUAA